UGACGCGGUGCUCACGUGACCAGGAGUCGACGUGUGCAGAAGUCCUUAUAGUCCAGGGCCUGUUUCCCUAUAACAGCUCCCUAUUGCUGGAGCGGGAGGAAAGUGCUCAGGAUCCUUUCAGGACUGUCAGUCUUUGGCCGCCAACAGACAUCAAGGUGAGGGGAACGGAAAGAAAGUCUGCUGUACUCGUGCAGGAUUAAUUUAUUCAAAAAGGAAAUAACAGAGAAACAACAUGCAAAAGUCUUGUGAAGAAAACGAAGGAAAACCACAGAACAUGCCAAAGGCCGAAGAAGUUGGCCCUGCCCCAGAAGUACCACGGGAGGCAGAAAACAAUCCUGAACCUGCCCAAGAAGUAAGCCUGGAGGCAGAAGGAAACCUGGGAGGAGGGCCAACUCAGCCUGGCUCCAGAUUUAAAGAGAACACUCCCAUCCGGCAUUUGGACCCUGAAGAAAUGAUAAGAGGGGUAGAUGAGUUGGAAAGGCUUAGGGAAGAGAUAAGAAGAGUAAGAAACAAGUUUGUGAUGAUGCAUUGGAAGCAAAGACAUUCACGCAGUCGUCCUUAUCCUGUGUGCUUUAGGCCUUGAAUUCUUUUUUUUUUUCUGUCUGAUACUGAAAUCUGGCCCCUGCUUUCCUUCUGUUAGCAUUUUCAUAUGUAUCUUUAAUAUUCAUUUUACCUUUAUUCAUCUGGUGGCAUUUUGUUUUAUAUAAUUUUCCUUUUACCAGCAUCUCAUUGGAUUUUGAUCCAAUUUCCAGCCUAUAUUCCAAUUGGGAAUUUCCACAAAUAUGCAUGGAAACACAUUUAUUACAUAUUGUAAAGUAAAACAUAACAGUACAAAAAUAUUUAAGUAUCUACUCACACAUACAGGAUAAAAUUCCAAAUGGUGUGUGUAUACACACAAACAUAUUAUCAAAACUUUAACUACUUGUUUCUGUGUGACGUGUUUUGUUUUACUUUUUGCUUAUGUGUAUUUUUUAAUGAAUCCCUGUAUCAAAAACACAAACAAGUAUUAGGGAUUUUUUUAUACAUAUAUGUAAGAGUCAGGUAAUUUUGCAACCAGCUUAUAUGGGCAAUAGGGGCAACCUAAUCUCUUGAAAGAAUUAUUAAAAAAAUGUAAACCUCAAUUUACUUCUGGAUCUCUUCUCCAGGGGAAUAAAACUGGCAUUUAUUACAAAUA